CUGCAAUCGAGUGAUGCUUAACAGCUUACCUUGAAACAGCUGGAAUUCUAGGCAGCAACUUUGCACAGGUACUGUGCAGAACCCUACACCGCUCUCCCCUGAUGGCCCUUUGAGCUCACAAGCACGUGUUUAAAGUCAAAGAAACGCCAAAACGCCAAACCCCACUCACCCUUCUUCAACCUCAGUUUCUCGCGUCGCGAACAUCUCCUCUGCCUCUACCGACAGAAACCUACCCAUUGAUUCAUCGACCUGGAAUCGGGGCCCAGGGCCGUAUUGAAUGAGUAUCAUCGAUACGGCAGCCUGCUACCACGACACCAAGUAUAUAUGCAAUCCCUGAUACCUGAAACCACAAAACAAAACCACACGAACAAUGUCGCAACAAUCACAACCCCCUCCCCCAUCCCAACCAACCUUCAUCAACCUCCCCCAACCGCCCUCCAACCCCGACACGCCGUCCGAGACACCCGGCACCCCCACAAGCACAACCACCUCCCUCUCCGCGCUCUCCACAACCGCCAUCAAAGACGGCCACCGCGGCGCCCUGCACCACCACCACCACCACCGCAGCGGCACCGGCGGCCACCAGCACAGCCUGUCGGCCACCAGCCUCGAGGCCGAGCGCGCCGACCGCAUCUCCCGCCUCGCAGGCCUGUCCGCCCCCGUGACCACCCUGCGAACCCCCGGGCAACAACAACAACUUGCACAGCAACAAUAUGCACAACAGCAUCCCGCACCGACUUCACAACCUAUUGCAGCAGUACCGGCGGGGGCGAUGGUUCCGGCUGCGUAUUUCGAUGCAGCCGGCCAGCCCGUCGCGGCGCCCAGCAAGCUGAGCACCGUCGGCUCGGCCAGCGCGACCACAAUGGCUUCAGUGACGUCGCCGUCAAGGAGUAGUACCCUGACUACCGCCAGCAGUGGCAAUACCAAUACCAACACAACAACCCGCGACCAAGACCGAGACAAUACCGAAGAUGAGGAUAUGCUCACCGAAAUGGACUCGGCAAGCGGGUACCUCGGCGGGGAGGCCAUGGACGAAGAUGGAGAUGAGGACCUGGUGGCUGGCCUAGGAGAUGAUGACGACGAGGAUGUGCGCGUCAGGUCCGACGACGAGGUUGAGGGGGACGGGGAUGGUGAGGAGGGUGAUGAUGCCAGCCUAGUCGGCUUCGGCGAGGGCGCGGGGAGCACAGUGUCCGGACCUAUCUACCACCGCAGGGUGCUUCCCCUUCCGCCCGGUCAGGGUGGUCCCCCACCUCCCCCUGCCCAUCCUGGGGUUCCUGCGGCGGCGGGGUGGGCUACUACUACUACCACCACCACCGUGCCGGGCGAGGGUAGUGGCACUGCUGCUGGGAGGAGGGACAUUUCUAUUUCCAAUUCCAAUGCUAAUACCGGGGGGAGCGACACCCCCAUAAGUCAAACCGCCGUCCACGAAAGCAGCCAAGCGCGCAUGGUCGACGGUAUCGCCAUGGACCGGCGCGGAUCACCCGAGGUCAUCACCUCCACAACCAUAGCCACAGGCACAGGCACAACCACAAAUCCCCGACCCCAGACAACGGCCAUGGACGACGACGAUGUGUUUGUCGACACAACCACACGCGGGCCCGUGCCUGUGCCUUUCAACCCUACCGUUCACCAACCCCCGUUAAGCGCCAUCCGUGAGACACAGCAGCAGCCACACUCUCACUCACACUCACACCAGCAACAGCACCAACAGACUCAUCAGUACAUGCCCUCAGCGCGGGAGGCGGCAGAGCACAUUCUCCGGCGUGAGGGGCUCGGUGGUGAUGGGGAUAGUAGCAGUAGGUCGGCCGGGCGCGCGGCCAUGGGGAGUCCGAGAGGCGGUGGGGAAAGGUUGGAUUUGGGGCGGUUCUAUUUUGAGGAGCGCUAGGGAUUCGGUACGGUACUGGUCCUAGGAGGCGGUGAUCAUGGAUCAUUCCGCCGGUAUAGGAAUCUGAGCUCUGCUAAGCUGAGGUGGUGCUAUACGAGGGAAAGAUGGCCUGAUUUGGCGUUUCCCUUUUCUUAGUCCGGUUCGCCCUCUUUGGGGGGCAUGUGUUUUAUUAGUCCUCUUCUGGGUCUGGCCAGGUCUGGAUCUCAGCUGGGAAAGCUACAGGGAAAAGCAGCCGGAAUAUGCCCGAGUUGCUUGGCCGGUAUCGAUUUUCACACUACGGUGGCUAUGGAGGUGGGGAGGGGUUCAAGGAGAUGUACUGGUAACACGGCUCACGCCGGAGCGGCUGGCGUACUCAUUUCAAUCUGUUCUCUCAGGCAGGUAUUAUGUACUGUACAGUUACUGUUUGUCUUGCGGUAAUCUAGCCCAGGCAAAAUUGAGAGUUAUC